AUGGCCUGGCCCUGUAUCAGCCGGGUGUGCUGCUUGGCCCGCUUCUGGAGCCAGCUGGACAAGUCCGAUCUUUCCGUGCCGCUCACCAUCCACAACUACUCGGACAUCGAGGAGCAGGAGGACGGGCCGCCCCAGCGCGGCGGGCCGCCUCCGCGGGGCAGCGCUCGCCCGCCCGUCCCGGCGCGCCGCUCGCGGGACCCCGCCGCCGGGAAGCCGAGCGGCCGCAGGAAGAGCCGGGCGGCCGCCGCCGAAGAGCCCUUCGCGGCGGAGACCCAGUACCGGCGGGACUUCAGAGCGUGGCCCCUCCCGAGGAGGGACGACUUCCCCUGGGUCAGCGCCAGUAGCGGCGGCGGCGGCGGGAAGGACGGGGCCGCCCCCCAGCCCGCCCCGGGACGCGCCGCCUGCGCCCUGCCCGGCGGCGGCGGGAGACCGGCGGUCGACGGCCCCGAGCAGCUGCGGCCGCGCUCGCAGGCGGACGGCGGCCACACCACCUCCUACAGACAAGAGUAUCGCCCAUGGACUGGAGCAAAACCAUCCAAGCCUAUAAAGUCAAAACAAGGCUUCAUUAUCCCAGAAGACCAUUUUGUUCAAGAGACAAGCUACAAGGCAGACUUUAAGAUCCCAGACGUGAAGACCAGGUUCUCCCCCAACCCUUCUGCUGUUUUCCAGGCGCCAUCACGGAUCCUCAACGUGUGA